AUGUCCUUUUCCCAAGAUACUUCCAAUAUUCAUUAUGAUGAUAGAUUUUAUCAAUCUUCACCAAAUCAAUUUGGCACAGACCCCGUGGCAGUUUCAGAUUUUUUAGCAAGGGUGAAUUUAGGACCAACCCAAUUAAGAGAAAUCGCUGGUCUUGGAGCGGUUGAUUAUUUGAAAUUUGAUGAACAAGUUGUCACACCAGGAGCUCUUCCUAGUCGAGGAACGUUAGACGACCUAUGUUAUGGUACAGGGACAACAUAUUUGGCUGGCUUAACAUUUGGUGGAGCCUGGGGUUUAAUGGAGGGUUUACGUGGACAUUCGCCUAAUUUCAAAUUACGUUUAAACAUAGUCCUUAAUUCUAUCACUCGACGAGGACCAUUCCUUGGAAAUUCUUCUAUGGGAUAUAAUAGCAUUAAUGGUAUUAUUGACAACAUAAGAGGAAAGCAUGAAUCAGUAAAUAAUAUCGCAUCUGGGGCGUUAGUAGGGUUGCUCUUUAAAUCUACAGCAGCUGGUACUGCUUCAGCAAUUUGUGCAGCUACUGCAGGGACAUGGACUUUGGCAAAAAAAUAUUUCUUUAAACAUUAG